CGCCUCUCUGAUCCUUCUCUGACUGCAAUUCAAAAUGGAAGCGCGAAACUCUCCUCUUAGCUGCGUGCUUUUCUCUUGGUGAGCCCAACGAUAAACCCACAUCCCCAAGUUGUCUAAACCCUUCCCCUUUCCUCCAUUUUUUUUACUAACCCCUUUUCGUUUUUUCAAAUUUUGAAUUUCAUCUCGAUUGUUUCUAAAUCCGCCAUUGCCAUUGAUUUCUGUGCUCUUCUCUACAACCCCAUCUUACUCUUCUUUGUUUCCCCAAAUCCCAUUUCCACAUUCUUCGAUCUGUUCGUGUUCUUGUUCUUGAAAAAUGAAGCAAAUCAAAGAUGGGUAUGCUACCCAUUCAUUCAAGAACAGUUCGUGUGUUUAUUGGGGUUUCUGCUGAUGCUUCUUUGAUCCAGUUGGGGGAAGUGGAAGCUUUUGGAGGACGAAGAAAUUUGAGAACAUUACGAGGUAAUAUAACAUGAUGAAGACACAAGGAUAUGUUAAAGGAAGAACAACAACCAAGGUUACUGCACAACAGUUAGUUUUUGAGUUGAAACAGAAGGUGGUUCUUGCACUAAACAAGCUUGCAGAUCGAGACACUUACCAAAUUGGGUUUGAUGAGCUUGAAAAAACAGCUGAAUGCAUAUCUCCUGACAUGAUUCCCCCUUUCUUGUCCUGUAUUUUGGACACGGAUUCGGAGCAGAAGAGCUCGGUUCGACAGGAGUGCGUUCGGCUAAUGAGUACACUAGCCAAAUUCCAUGAAGGUCUUAUUAGGCCUCACCUUCGUAGAAUGGUUAGCAGCAUUGUGAAACGGCUAAAGGAUCCUGAUUCUGGUGUGAGGGAUGCGUGUGUAGAGACAUGUGGAGUUUUAGCUUCAAAAUUGAUUAAUGUUGGGGAUGAGAGUGAUGAUGUUUUUGUUACUUUGGUUAAACCAAUCUUUGAAGCGUUGGGGGAACAACAUAAGCAAAUGCAAUCAGGUUCAGCGUAUUGCUUGGCAAGGAUUAUUGACAACACUCGGGAUCCGCCCGUUUCGAUUUUGCAGCGGAUGUUGGCAAGAACCACAAAGCUACUUAAGAAUCCUCACUUCAUGGCAAAGCCAGGUGUGAUUGAUUUGAACAGAAGUAUUAUCCAGGCUGGGGGUGCUUCAAAUCAAAAUGUUCUCUCUGCUGCAAUGCUUGGCAUCCAAGAAGCUCUCAAGAACAGUGAUUGGACGACUCGAAAAGCUGCUUCCAUUGCAUUAGGUGAAAUUGCAGCAAGCUGUGCGUCCUUCGUCGGGUCUUUUAAGGCAUCCUGCAUUCGCUCCCUCGAAUCAUGUCGAUUUGACAAGGUGAAGCCAGUUAGGGACAUUGUACUCCAGACCCUUCAGUAUUGGAACAACAUUCAAGGGCCAGACACUCCUGAACCCUCAGAAGCUGGUUCAUCCAUUAAAGAAAACCUUUGUGGGGGUGACUUCAGUGAUGUUACUAGUUCAAUGGAACAUGGAAAGAAGGAUGCUGCCAUUAGGAAAGUAGGCGUGGGCUCUACAAGAGGGAGGAUUCCACUAAACAUGAGAAAAACCUGUCCAAGUUAUUUGGAGAACACACAGCAUUUCAAAGCAAAUGAUUGUCAUAUUGAAAUAGCUGUUCCACAAAAGCGCAACCAGUCAUUAUCAGGAUUUCACACAGAGGAAUCUGAAGGGAGUACUGUCACAAAGACAUUUCAAGGAGUGAGCACUGAUGUUACAGACAUUCAAGAUGUUGAAUAUGAUUAUGUCAGAAUGGAUGACAGACAAGAAUGUUCUUCUGUGUCCAGUUUUUUACCUGGUCGGGAAUUCGGAACGGUUUGUCGUGAGAGUCUUGAAGACAGCAGUGUGCAUAAGUCAACUGAUAGAAGUAAGCGAUUUGUCAAUGAAGGGGUUUGUAGUGAGGAACAAAUGUACUCGACACCGGUGACGGAUCGUAGAAGUCUUGAGUCCGUGGUCACAGAGUCUAGUUGUCGAAUUGUACAAGAAUGUGACUCGGAAGUUGCAAAUGAUAUGGUCUGCAUUCGAAAGCAUCUCCUGGAAAUUGAAAACAAGCAGUCCAACUUGAUGGAUUUAUUCAAGGAGUUCACUUCGGGCGUAAUGGACAGCUUAUCAGUGAUACAAUCAAGGGUCGUGGGACUAGAACACGUCGUUUACGGAUUAUCUCAGGAUCUUUUGAAUGGUAAUAGGCCUGCUGAUCAUUCAAACUCAAAGUUCAUGAAGCAGAACCAAAGCUUGAAUUCUCCUAGGCUUUCGACGUGCACUCCGAGGUCAUCGGUUGAUAUUCCAAGCAGACAGUCUUCGUUAUCGUCGCUUAAACAUUCUAGCAUAUGGGAUGAAAACGUUGCUGUUAGGAGCCGGUCGAGUAAUGCAACUAAACAUGGACCUGAUAUUUGGAGAAGGGCUAAUCCAGUCAAGAAGCCUCCUGAGAAGGAUCUUCAGGGAAUACAAAACAGUAGCAGCCGUCACUUGGGAAAGACCAAUACAGUGUUUUCUUCAUUCCCCAGUGCUAAUGUUAGACAAGUUUCAGAUGGAAAGAACAGCAUUUCGAGACGUGUGUCGGGUUUCCUACGUCAAGGUGAUGUUGAUGCAGCAUACAUGGAAGCCUUGCGUUCGGGUGAUGAAGUUGUUCUGUUUGAGCUUCUUGAUCAAACAGGGCCUGUUCUUGAAUGUUUGUCAACUAAAACUAUCAGCAAUAUCCUUCGUAUAUUGGCAUCAUUCCUUCCUGAACAAAGAUUUAUUCGCUGUAUAAUACCAUGGUUGCAGCAGGUAGUUGAUUUGAGCACAAUCCAUGGGGCAAAUUCUCUCGGACUCUCAGCCAAAGAAAGACACGAAUUUGCACUUGCCAUCCAGGAGGCUUCAAAAAGUGAACUUUCUAAUCCUGCAGAAACAAGACUUGUCACUCAGCUAGCAACAAAACUGUGCUAUAUAUGGGGGCAAUGCUCGUGAUGGCAGGCGGCAAGUCUCAGUGGCAAGUCCAUGUUUCCAAAGAUUUCGACACUGGAUUUCAGGUAAGUGUUUAUUCAAUGGAGAUAGGAAGCUUGGACUUCAAGAAACAGUACAUUUGUAGUUUAGAGCGUUUCUUCUUUCUGUAAGUUGAUUCUUAGGCUGCAGCUGAAUUCGAAUGGAAUUUCAUCAUUUGUCUCCGAUCUUCGUAAGAGUUUUCGUGUAUAAAUUAGUGUUUCGAAUGAGCGGUUUCGUAUAGGUUGACUUAUGUAUGUCUGCUUUUGUUCGCAUUAUGAGAUGCUAAGGUGUAUCAUGUAUGAAAUACUACGAAUAGGUAAGAACGUGUCAUAGAGAAUUCAUGUCCUACUAUGUGCACAUACAGUAAACCAUGAUUUUAAAUGUCAGACUUCAUGUAUGUUGUAUGUUA